AUUAAAGAGCCUCGCGUCUCGGCUCUCUCGGCUCGAGUCCCCCUCUCCUCCUUGUCUCCUUGUUGCCCUUUGACUCUCCCCCUCUGCUGUUCCAUACCUCGCCAUCAUGGAUCACGAAAAGGCGCUGCCGCCGGAUGAGAAGACGGCUGUCCCUCAUCCCACCGUCGAGACGGCCAACGAUGGCGCUGGCGAGGACUGGCGCGAACAGGAGGACUUCAUGACCCGCAACGGUCUCAACUUCCGCUCCUUCCAGCGCCGCCCUGUGGGCGCCUCGGGCGUCGUCCUGGACAAGUCGAUGAAGACUCGCCAUCUUCACAUGAUUGCCAUUGGUGGAUCCAUUGGUGCUGGUUUCUUCGUCGGUUCCGGUGGCGCUCUCGCCAAAGGUGGCCCUGCUACUCUCCUCAUUGACUUUAGCAUCAUGGGCAUCAUGAUCUUCAACGUCGUCUACGCUCUUGGUGAACUCGCUGUCAUGUACCCCGUCUCUGGUGGUUUCUACACGUACUCUACUCGCUUUAUUGAUCCUUCCUGGGGUUUCGCCAUGGGCUGGAACUACGUCUUCCAAUGGGCCAUUGUCUUACCGCUCGAAUUGCUCGUCGCUGGUCUCACGGUGCAAUAUUGGGAAGGUGCCAAAGGCGUCAAUGUUGCCGUCUUCAUCACCGUCUUCUGGCUUGCCAUUUGCAUCAUCAACGUCUGGGGUACUCUGGGAUAUGCCGAAGAAGAGUUCUGGUCCUCGUGCAUCAAACUCGGUGCCACCGUCGCCUUCAUGAUUAUUGCCCUGGUCCUCGUUUGCGGCGGAGGCCCCAAGAGCGGCAUGUACAGUGAAUACUGGGGUGCUCGCACCUGGUACGACCCGGGUGCCUUUGCCAACGGAUUCAAGGGUUUCUGCAGUGUCUUCGUCACUGCCGCCUUUUCCUUCUCCGGUACCGAGCUGGUUGGUCUGGCUGCUGCCGAAACAAAGAACCCCCUCCAGUCUCUUCCUGGUGCUAUCCGACAAGUCUUCUGGCGUAUCACCCUCUUCUACGUUCUCGGUCUCACCUUUAUCGGUCUGCUUGUCGAGCACACCGACCCCCGCCUGCUCGGUUCUUCCAGCGAUGCCAACACCUCGCCCUUUGUCAUUGCCGGUAAGAAUGCUGGUCUCAAGGGCUUCGACAGCUUCAUGAACGUCGUCAUUCUCGUCUCAGUCAUCUCCAUUGGUCUGUCUGGUGUCUACGGUGGUUCCCGUACUCUUACCGCCCUUGCUGAGCAGGGUUACGCUCCCAAGUUCUUCACCUACGUUGACCGUGCUGGACGUCCUCUCUGGUCCGUCUUCUUCGUUCUCAUGUGGGGUCCCCUUGCCUACAUGAACUUGGCUGCUACUGGUGCUACCAUCUUCAACUGGUUUGUCGCCUUGUCCGGUCUCGCUGCCCUCUUCACAUGGGGCUCCAUCUGCUUGGCCCACAUUCGCUUCCGCAAGGCUUGGGCCUACCACGGACACACUCUGGAUGAGAUUCCUUUCAGGGCUGCCGGUGGCGUCAUCGGCUCCUGGAUCGGCCUCGGCAUCAUUGUCAUUGUCUUGAUUGCUCAGUUCUACACUGCCGUCUCUCCUCUCGGCCUACCCAAGGGCAAGAAGACUGGUACUGCCACCGACUUCUUCGAGGCCUACCUCGCCAUCUUUGUUGUUGGCGCCUUCUGGCUCGCUGGCUACUUCUGGAAGCGCGAGGGAUGGCUCCGCACCGCUCAGAUGGACGUCGACACUGGCCGCCGUGAGCUUGACUGGGACUACAUCAACAAGGAGCGCGCCAUGGUUGCCACUUGGCCCGCAUGGAGGCGUUUCAUGCACCGCAUCUUCUAAGUUCUCAUCAGCCCAAUGGCCCUGUGUCGCCUUGGCUGCUUAUUGAGCUUGCUUGUUCUUCCAUUUUUUUUUGUAACACGUCGAUGACGUCCGUAUGUACUCACGUGUGUGUAAUGAUUGCCUUCUCUUGAUGAGAGCCAAUGCCUAAAAAUGUUUAUAUACCCCUAUCGUUGAAACAAACUGAGUUUUUCAAAGUUGAAUCCAUGCAUUUACUUCCAUCACGUCAUGUGUAUCCAAUGCCUUGUUUCAAGUAGACGUUGAGUCUUCUAACCAUGUCUUGUAUUCAACUUUUUGUAGUUAUAUAUAUGUAUAUGUAUAUGUAUAAC